AUUUCUGUGGAGGACAGGAGAAGAGACCCGCGGAGAGACAAAAUGAUGCUUUCCAACUCAAUAGUGGCCGCUGCUCUGCUCAUACUGAGUGUUAGUCUGUGGAGCUGCACAACAGCUCUCGGCGAUGAUGCAGUGGAUUGUUGUUUAACCACCAGCGACCGGCGAAUCCCUCAGAAAGUGGUGACGACUUUCACUCUUCAGACCGGAGAAGGAGGCUGCAGAGUUCCUGCCACAAUAUUUGUCACAAAGAAGGGCUUGAAGCUCUGCGCACCAUUUCCGAGCCAGAAUAACUGGGUGAGCAGACUGAUUGACCACAUACUAGGAAGAGAAAAACCAGCACAAAAACGACCCAGGAAAUCUAAAGGAAAGAAACAGAGACAGCAGUGAUUGUCACCAUCAGAUUAUCCAGGUCCAGCCUGCUUUCACACAUGCAGAACUAAUAGCACUCAAUCAUAAUAGUAAACGCUUAUUCUCAGGUUUACGUUUGUAUAGCAGAACAGGUCAAAGUGUGAAUUUACUGCCAUAGGAAUAAGCUUUUCCAAUAUGAACGGUUUUUAAAAUGUGAAUCUUUCCCUCCGAUCUACAUGAAGAGCUUUCAAGCUAACAUUUCCUUGAUAUGUCAAGUAUCUAUUUUUGUAUUGUUUUCUGAGCCAUUAAUUGAAAAUAUGUUUUCUGUCAAACUCCACACAUUUUCACUUUGUAUUUUUGAAUAUAAAUAAAAGAUUUUACGUAUUAAAUAUAAA